UCUUUACUGUUCACUGACGCCGUGACGAUGAACUGGCUGCACGCCGCAGAUGAUGAUGAGGAUGCUCUGUUCUCUCGUGCGCACUCUCUCCUGUCUCCCGCUCCCCACGAGCAUCAUGGAGGGGCUUAAUUAAUGCAUAGCUCAUGUGUCCCUCCUGCCCCGCAGCCCGUGCUUUUCCUUUGCCCUUUGAGUCCGGUCCUGCGUUAUAUCGUCCGCCAAAUCCUUGGACUUUUCUCGGUGUAUGGAGAGGAGGACCGUGGCAACAAUUAAGACUCCAGUGAAGUGAGCAUCACGUUACAUGCACGGUACACACGGUGGGCAAUUUGCGGACGCGGACGCGUCUCUCCCAGGCUGGACGAGGCAAAGCUAUGCCAGCGGCAGCGGCGUCUUUCUUCCUGGUGAGGUGCGGGCCGACCGGUCAGACCCUGCUGCCUUGUUCUAGCGUUGCUGUCUACCCUGGCAGGUCCAUGCUGCUGGAUGUUAGUCCCAGAGCCACGCCCGCAGCAUGAGUGCCAACGGGCCUGCCCCAGGCCCAGUCCCCCCUACAGCCCCACAAGCCCCCGCCCCCGCCCCUGCUCCGGCCUCCGCCCCGGCGCCCACCCCGGCCCCAGCGCCGCCCCCCGCGCCCACCGUCCCGGCGGCCACAACCACCAUCCCGGUCGGGGCGCUAGCGCAGAAGAAGCGGCAGCAGUAUGCCAAAAGCAAGAAGCAGGGCAGUAACGCCAACAGCAGGCCGCCCAGGGCUCUGUUCUGCCUCAAACUCAACAACCCCAUACGCAGGGCCUGCAUCAGCCUGGUGGAGUGGAAGCCAUUUGAUAUCUUUAUAUUAAUUGCGAUUUUUGCCAACUGUAUGGCCUUAGCUGUCUAUAUUCCCUUUCCUGCAGAUGAUUCCAACUCCACAAACCACGACCUGGAAACAGUGGAAUAUGCCUUCCUCAUCAUUUUCACAAUUGAGACCUUCCUGAAGAUUAUUGCUUAUGGAUUGGUGGCACACCAGAAUGCAUACGUGAGAAACGGCUGGAACAUGCUGGAUUUCGUCAUUGUUGUGAUCGGGCUGUUCAGUGUCGUCUUGGAGGUGUUGACCAAAGAUGAGAAGGCGGAGGAAGCCGCUGCUGUGGCCGCCGCCGCCGCCGCUGCCGCCGCCGCCGCCGCCUCGGCCGCAUCCAACACCCACCCGUCCAUGCACGGCCACGGGGGCAAGCCCGGCGGCGGCUUCGAUGUCAAGGCCCUGCGCGCCUUCCGCGUGCUGAGGCCCCUGCGCCUGGUCUCAGGAGUACCCAGUUUACAGGUGGUGCUGAACUCCAUCAUCAAAGCCAUGGUCCCCCUCCUGCACAUCGCUCUCCUGGUGUUGUUCGUUAUCAUCAUCUAUGCUAUUAUCGGCCUGGAGCUUUUCAUCGGAAAGAUGCACGCUACCUGCUAUAUCCCAGGCACAGUGGACAUCAUAGCGGAGGACAACCCGGCUCCGUGUGCCAUCUCAGGCCACGGCCGCACCUGCUCCAUGAACGGCACCGUGUGCAGGGAGGGCUGGCACGGCCCCAACGACGGCAUCACCAACUUCGACAACUUCAUGUUCGCCAUGUUGACGGUGUUCCAGUGCAUCACCAUGGAGGGCUGGACAGAUGUGCUGUACUGGAUGAACGAUGCGAUGGGCUUGGAGCUUCCAUGGGUGUACUUUGUCAGUCUCGUGAUCUUCGGCUCUUUUUUCGUUCUUAACCUGGUUUUGGGUGUGUUGAGCGGAGAGUUCUCUAAGGAGAGGGAGAAGGCCAAAGCGCGCGGAGACUUCCAGAAGCUGCGGGAGAAGCAGCAGUUGGAGGAGGACCUGAAGGGGUACCUGGAUUGGAUCACCCAGGCCGAGGACAUCGACCCCGAGAACGAGGACGAGGGCGACGAGGGGAGCAAGCGUAACCGAGUAACUCUGGCUGACCUCACAGAGAAGAAGAAAGGAAGGGCCUUUGGGUGGUUCAGCCAGUCCUCCGAGACACAUGCGAGUGUGCCGGCCAGUGAGACAGAGUCUGUGAACACAGAGAAUCCCAACGGAGAGGAUGAGAAGGCGCCAUGUUGUGGGCCUUUUUGUCAAAAAAUUUCCAAGUCAAAGUUCAGUCGGCGCUGGCGUCGAUGGAACAGGUGCUGUCGAAGGAACUGCCGGUUUGCGGUGAAAUCGGUGCCUUUCUAUUGGUUGGUCAUCAUCCUGGUGUUCCUCAACACGCUCACCAUCUCAUCCGAACACUACAACCAACCCGAUUGGUUGACGCAAGUCCAAGACGUGGCCAACAAGGUGCUGCUGGCCAUGUUCACGUGUGAGAUGCUGGUGAAGAUGUACAGCCUGGGGCUGCAGUGCUACUUUGUGUCCCUGUUCAACCGCUUCGACUGCUUCGUGGUGUGCGGGGGCAUCACGGAGACCAUCCUGGUGGAGCUGGAGAUCAUGCCUCCUCUCGGCAUCUCUGUGUUCCGCUGUGUCCGCCUGCUCCGGAUCUUCAAGGUCACACGCCAUUGGCAAUCUCUGAGCAACCUGGUGGCGUCCCUGCUGAACUCUAUGAAGUCCAUCGCCUCCCUGCUACUGCUGCUCUUCCUCUUCAUCAUCAUCUUCUCCCUGCUGGGCAUGCAGGUGUUUGGGGGCAAGUUCAACUUUGACGAGACCCAGACCAAGAGGAGCACCUUCGACAACUUUCCCCAGGCCCUGCUCACCGUCUUUCAGAUCCUGACCGGAGAGGACUGGAACGCCGUCAUGUAUGACGGUAUCAUGGCGUACGGCGGGCCCUCCUCCACAGGGAUGAUCGUCUCCAUCUACUUCAUCAUCCUCUUCAUCUGCGGAAACUACAUCCUCCUGAACGUCUUCUUGGCCAUUGCUGUGGACAACUUGGCCGACGCUGACUCUCUCAACACCCCCGCGGACAAGAAGGACAUAAAGGAUGACGAGAAAGACGAGAAGGAGGAGGAGGAGGAGAUCGAGGACAACGCCGCAGAGGAGGACGACCCGGAGGUGCCGUCGGGCCCGCGCCCGCCCAUCUCGGAGCUGGUGAAGAAGGAGAAGAUCACCCCCAUCCCGGAGGGCAGCGCCUUCUUCAUCUUCAGCAACACCAACCCGAUUCGCGUUGGAUGCCAUAAGCUGAUCAACCACCACAUCUUCACCAACCUCAUCCUGGUCUUCAUCAUGCUCAGUUCGGCCUCCCUGGCAGCAGAGGACCCCAUCCGCAACUUCUCAGCACGGAACAUUAUACUUGGUUACUUUGACUAUGCUUUCACGGCUAUCUUUACUGUUGAGAUCGUGUUGAAGAUGACCACCUACGGAGCCUUCCUUCAUAAAGGAGCCUUCUGCAGGAAUUACUUUAACCUUCUGGACCUGUUGGUGGUGGGCGUGUCCCUGGUGUCCUUUGGCAUUCAGACCUCUGCCAUAUCGGUGGUGAAGAUUCUCCGGGUGCUGCGAGUGCUUCGGCCCCUGAGGGCCAUCAACAGAGCCAAGGGCCUGAAGCAUGUGGUCCAGUGUGUGUUCGUGGCCAUCCGUACCAUCGGUAACAUCAUGAUCGUCACCACGCUGCUGCAGUUCAUGUUCGCCUGCAUAGGAGUCCAACUCUUCAAGGGAAAGUUUUAUCGCUGCACGGACGAAGGAAAGUCAAACGCAGAUGAGUGCAAAGGGACGUACAUCCUGUACAAGGACGGAGACGUGAACCAGCCCGCCAUCCACAAGAGGCUGUGGCUCAACAGCGAGUUCAACUUCGACAACGUCCUCAUGGCCAUGAUGGCGCUGUUCACCGUGUCCACCUUUGAGGGCUGGCCCGCGUUGUUGUACAAGGCCAUUGACUCAAACAGGGAGAACCUGGGGCCCAUUUACAACUACCGCGUGGAGAUCUCCAUCUUCUUCAUCAUCUACAUCAUCAUCAUCGCCUUCUUCAUGAUGAAUAUCUUUGUAGGUUUUGUCAUUGUCACGUUUCAGGAGCAGGGAGAGAAAGAGUACAAAAACUGUGAACUCGACAAAAACCAGCGCCAGUGUGUGGAGUACGCCCUCAAGGCACGGCCACUGAGGCGCUACAUCCCCAAGAACCCGUACCAGUACAAGUUCUGGUACGUGGUCAACUCCACGGGCUUUGAGUACAUCAUGUUUGUGCUCAUCAUGCUCAACACGCUGUGCCUCGCUGUACAGCAUUAUGGGCAGUCAGCGACCUUCAACUAUGUGAUGGACAUCCUCAACAUGGUCUUUACUACGGUUUUCACUGUAGAGAUGUUCCUCAAACUCAUCGCUUUCAAACCCAGGCACUAUUUCACUGAUGCUUGGAACACGUUUGAUGCCUUAAUUGUUGUCGGUAGCGUCGUCGACAUUGCUAUCACUGAAGUGAAUCCAACGGAGACUCCUCAGGUGGAUGAGCAGGGGAACACGGAGGACAGCGCGCGCAUCUCCAUCACCUUCUUCCGUCUCUUCCGAGUCAUGCGAUUGGUCAAGCUGCUGAGCAGGGGGGAGGGCAUCCGCACCCUGCUGUGGACCUUCAUCAAGUCCUUCCAGGCCCUGCCCUAUGUGGCCCUUCUGAUCGCCAUGUUGUUCUUUAUCUACGCUGUCAUCGGCAUGCAGGUGUUUGGUAAGAUCGCCAUGGUGGACCACACGCACAUCAACCGAAACAACAACUUCCAGACCUUUCCACAGGCUGUGCUUCUGCUGUUCAGGUGUGCUACCGGUGAAGCAUGGCAGGAGAUCAUGCUAGCCUGCAUGCCGGGCAAACUGUGUGACCCGGAGUCAGACUACAACCCCGGAGAAGAGAUGACUUGCGGCAGCGGAUUCGCUGUCAUCUACUUCAUCUCUUUCUACAUGCUCUGCGCCUUCUUGAUUAUCAACUUGUUUGUGGCCGUCAUCAUGGAUAACUUUGACUAUCUCACGCGUGAUUGGUCAAUUCUGGGGCCGCACCACCUGGACGAGUUCAAGAGGAUCUGGUCUGAGUAUGACCCCGAGGCGAAAGGGAGAAUCAAACACCUGGAUGUUGUCACACUCCUCCGUCGGAUCCAACCGCCUCUCGGCUUCGGAAAGCUAUGCCCACACAGAGUGGCAUGCAAGAGGUUGGUUGCUAUGAACAUGCCUUUGAACAGUGAUGGGACGGUCAUGUUCAACGCCACCCUGUUCGCUCUGGUGCGCACCGCCCUGAAGAUCAAAACAGAGGGUAAUCUGGAGCAGGCCAAUGAGGAGCUGCGGGCUGUCAUCAAGAAGAUCUGGAAGAGAACUAGCAUGAAGCUGCUGGAUCAAGUGGUUCCCCCUGCUGGUGAUGAUGAGGUUACCGUGGGGAAGUUCUAUGCCACCUUCCUGAUACAGGACUACUUUAGGAAAUUCAAGAAACGUAAAGAGGAGGGCCUGGUGGGAGCGCACCCGACCCAAAACAACACGGCCAUCGCCCUGCAGGCUGGUCUCCGCACACUCCAUGAUAUUGGGCCGGAAAUCCGCCGAGCGAUAUCAUGUGAUCUGCAGGACGAUGAACUAGUAGACUUUAUCCCAGAGGAGGACGAGGAAAUUUAUAGGCGCAACGGCGGCCUGUUCGGCAACCACGUGAUGAACGGCGGCCACCGCCGCGCGGAGCAGCACCAGACCAACGCCACGCAGCGGCCCCUGCAGGUGCAGCCGCCGCCGCACUACGCCCACAUGGAGGAGCAGCCGGCGGGCCGCCUGGGCCGCGCCAACGCCAUGUCGCACCCCAACAACAACCACCACCACCCGCACCACCACCACCACAACCGCCACCACCACCACCACCACAACUCCUACAGCAAGUCGCCCAAGUCCACCAACAUCAACCUGAACAACGCCAACGCCUCCACGUUGCCCAACGGCGGCGGCGGCGGCGGCGGCGGCGGCCACCACCACCACCAGCAGCAGCAGCAGCGCCGCUACUACGACCACGCCGCCGCCCCCACGGCGCCCAACGGCUACCCGGGCCACCGCGGGCCCCCCGCCGGCAGCAACGGCGCCUACUACGAGUACGAGAAGCCACGCACCCCCCAGGGUCAAAGGCGACGCUACGUUGAGACGUAUGUUAGGACCCACACGGGGGACAGCCGCCACCCCACCAUCCGCAGGGAGGAGGAGUUUGAGGAGGACCGCUACUCUGGAGAGUACUACAGCGGGGAGGAGUUCUACGAGGACGACAGCAUGCUGUCCGGAGAGAGGUAUCCGAACAGCGACACAGAGUACGAGACGCCCAAAGGUUACCACCACCCCGACAGUUACUAUGACGACGACGAGCAGCCGCUCUACCGCGAUUCACGUAGGUCGCCGAAACGACGACAGCUUCCUGCCACGCCUCAAGCUCAUAGGAGGCCCUCCUUCAACUUUGAGUGUCUGCGCCGGCAGGGGAGCCAGGACGAGCUACCCCACCAGCGCACGGCUCUGCCCCUGCACCUCAUGCAGCACCAGGUGAUGGCCGUCGCCGGCCUGGACUCCAGCCGGGCGCAGCGCCCCUCCCCGACCCGCUCCACCCGCUCCUGGGCCACGCCCCCGGCCACGCCCGGCAGCAAGGACCAGUCGCCCUACUACACACCCAUGAUCCGCGUGGACCACCCCCGCCGAGAGAGCCUGGCCAACAGCCACGUGCCCGACCGCAAGAGCUCCUGGUACACGGACGAUCCCGAGUUCUCCCUGAGGACCUACUCGCCCGCCCACCUGCAGGUGCCCCCAGGGUACCGCAGCCAGUACCACCAGAAGAGGGGCAGCGCCACCAGCCUGGUGGAGGCGGUGCUGAUCUCGGAGGGCCUGGGCCGCUACGCCAAGGACCCCAAGUUCGUGGCGGCCACCAAGCACGAGAUCGCCGACGCGUGCGAGAUGACCAUCGACGAGAUGGAGAGCGCCGCCAGCCACCUGCUGAACGGGGGCGUGGCGCCGGGGCUGAACGGCGGCGUCACGGUGUUCCCCGUGGCCACGCCCCGGGACUACGACUCCCAGGACGCGGCGGCCAGCUACAGCGACGAGGAGCCCGACGGCCCGCGGCGGGCGUCGUACGAGGAGGACCUGGCCGACGAGAUGAUCUGCAUCACCACGUUAUAGCAGCGGCCCCCAGAGCCACGGAGGACCACAGCC